AUGAUCGUGCUAAAUCCUGAAACAAAAAUAUUGCGGCUUCCUUUUGUUAAAUCUGAAGAUCAACUAGUUGAUCUGCUUACAAAGGCUGUUCUAGUAAGAUCUUUCAUAGCUCACUUGACAAGUUGGGAAUUAUGGAAAAUUAUACAGGUGAUGUCUUUGGCGGAAACCUUGGUCAAGCUAAGAAUGAUUGCACUGUGGACUUUUAAGUCUCUGGAUUUCACCAUCCUCACAAGCCAAUGCAAAGGACCAAAUUUUGCAGCCGCUAGCUGUUGUAAGGCUUUUAAAGAAUAUGCUUGCCAUUAUGCCGAUGCAAUUAACGACUCAACAACAGAUUGCGCUACAGUCCUGUUCAACUACAUUAGGGAAAUGGGAUAUUACCAUCCAGGCCGAUAG